ACGUUGCACUGAUAAAUUAUGACUAUGAUGCGCAGAUUUGUUGACAGCAGUGCGGUGUGCCAAGUUAGGGAGGGUAUCAUGAUUCACCAGUUGGUCCAAAAUGGUGCAGCAGAAUGUCGCGCCAUGCUAUCAGACGUGGCGCAAUGUGGCUUGAGCCACUAGGAGGAGAAUGGCAACUAAUCCGCGCAUGUAUUGCAUGGGCUGGGAAUACCCGACACACGGGGUACGUAAAACGUAGGAAGGCGCCCACUGAGAGGACGGUGUCGUCGCGCACCUUUCGAGCACACAACCACCCAAGAUUGGUCGAAAGCGGGUACGUGCCGCUCAGCGUUUGCUCGAGCGCGCUGGAAGCACAGCCACGACAGGACACGCACACGUGGCCAAGCACGCAAGUCGACAAGAAAGAUGCUGCUUUGCGUAACCAGGGCCAUUCCCGAGCUGCGCCAGCAUGCAUGCAAGCUACACUUCGACAAGCAUGGGAAGCUGGCGAGGCCAUUUUGCUGCCAGCCAUCCGAGGAAACGACAGCCUGUGCUCACGCCCGACACUGGCAAGGGGUUGAAAACGGUCACUCGAGAGCCGUUGCAAGACACACAAGAAAAACCGAUCGUGGGACUGUCACCAGCGUGCAAGAGAGUAGUUGUACCAAUGCCCUCAACGACGCUGAAUGCGCCAAAUUUCAACGUGGUGGUCAUCAUGGGUCUCAAGCAAGGAGCCGGACAAGCCAAACCGAAGCAACCAGGGCUGACAAACCAAGCGUGAGGGCCAAAUGCUCGGUGCAAGCCGGGCCAAUCCUUCACCAAGAGGAGGAAGCACGUAGGAUCAUCACACACCUCAAGCGUCCGGCUCUCAGAGCGGCGUCGGUGAGCCAUGAGAAGGGAGGGAGGCGGCGUAUCAGCAGUCGCAUGAAGAGCGGCACGAGCCAAGAGCAGAGCCACAGUGGCCAUGAACAGGGGGUAUUCUGGAAUGAACAAGCGGUCAUCGGCAAUGAGGUCAGGGGAGGAUCACAAGUUACAUGUUUUGGGGCGGUGUUUGCGAAUGUGCGAGAUACGAACGUGACAGCUGGUAAAGGCAAUCAGCGGCAAGCAGGAGGGAUGCUGGACACAACUGGUCUGCUUCAACUUCGGGGCCGAGCUCAAGGACCUGUUUUUCUCGAACCUGAUUUGAAGCAAGCCAAAUCAUCAGUAACAAGAAACCGCAGCAGCAACAACGAAAACAACAACGGCAAACAAUCAAACCCCCCAAAAAAGCCGGAGACCGCCAUCAUGUUGGCGAUUACACGGGCUGCAGUGUUGUUGGCGGUGGUGCUCCUCGCCGUGGUUCACCAGGCACCUGCUGAUCUGGUCACCACGAUUGUAACCACCACCAUGAACAGUUGUGCGUGCACCAAUGAAUCGCUCUACUCGGCCAACGAACGCAUCGCGGCGUGCCGCAAGGAGGUGUUGAUUGAAACCAUCGACUCCAUCAUCAACGCCACGUUUGACGAUCGUCUUGUUGCUCUCGAGCGCGCCGCGUACAUCUACCCUUGUGUCGCGGAUGCUGCUGAAGGAAGCGAGCCCGUGACGCUCACUUCAAACGUUUCUUCAUUGGUUCGCACCCUGUGCGAGAACGACGUUGAUAAAUUCAGCAUGUCAUUGGCAGCCAACUCCGGUUACAACAUUUACAUUGCUCCCUCUGGACCGUCCACAUUGUCCUGUAUCCAGCCGUACGUCGACUUUCACUUCUCAAUCACCACGAACGGGCCAAACAUUACGGCUGGUGAGAACUUGGUGUACGGCCUUCAUACGUAUCACUCUCCGCAAACUGUUUUGAUGAAUGCGUCCACCACAGUCGAGGUGCCUUGCCCUUACACGGUCACUCUUUACGGUCCUCUGAUCUGAAAAGUUUUGAUGGAUGCAACAAUUGACAACUGCCUUG